UAAUAAGCUCCAAAUUUAUUACUAAAAACCAAAUUCUUUUGUCACUGAUUUCGACAUGCAUCUCCUAACUCGAAUACAUGAUAAAUAUAUAUAAAUACUAUCUAAGUUAUUUCAUUUCCACAAAGCUUCUACUAUGGCUACUUCAAUCCUUAAAAUUUUGGUGGUCUUCCUCUCUAUCCUAUCACCUGGUGUGCUAUCCAAAUAUCAACUCCCCUUUCAGCUUGACACCCUUGUGCUUCCGGUGACUAAAGAUAGUGCAACGAGUCUCCAUGUAACAAAUAUUCAGAAAGGAACUCCUCGUGCAGCAACUCCGCUUCUCGUUGAUCUAAGCAACAAGUUUUUAUGGAUUGACUGUGAAAGAAACUACACAUCCACAACUUAUCAAUUUCCAUUUUGUCAUUCCACUCAGUGCUCUAGAGUGGGUAAUCACUACUGCCACAACUGCUCGGCUCCGGCUAGGCCAGGUUGCCAUGACAACGCAUGUGCUGUAAUGACCACAAACCCCCUCACCCACUGGAAUGUCUUAGGUGAACUAGGCCAAGACAUUGUCUCGAUUCAACUGGCCCAUGGGCCGACAUCUGGUGUGUUUGUUGAUGUCCCUCAGUUCAUCUUUUCAUGCGCUCCAUCUAGAUUAUUGGCAGGGCCUUUACCAAAAGAUGUGGUGGGAGUAGCUGGUUUAGGGCAUAAUCCGGUUGCAAUACCACACCAGCUUGCUUCACAUUUUGGAUUUCGACCAAAAUUUGGCUUGUGUCUCCCUUCAUCUAAUAAAGGUAACGGGGUCAUUUUCUUCGGAAAAGGACCUUAUGAGCUUGAUCCUGGAUAUGAUACUGUUUCGCAUCCAAUAGUAGGGUAUACUCCCCUAACUAUUGGCCCUAGAGGAGGGUAUCACAUACAAGUGACUGCAAUAAAUAUAGGAAAAAAAGCUCUCCCAUUCGACAUCUCUUCGUUCUUCAGAACCAAACGAGGGUCCUUCGCUAAAGCUUUGAUUAGCACCACAACACCUUAUACCACACUCCAUCACUCAAUUUUCAUGGCCGUAACUAAAUUUUUCGGUGAUCAGCUAUCUUGGGCGCCUCAAAUUCAACCACCAGUGUCUCCUUUCGGCUUGUGUUUCAACACCAGUAACAUAGCAACAUCGAGAAUGGGACCUGCAGCUCCGAGUAUUGACCUGCUUUUACAAAAUGAAAAUGUUACUUGGACAAUAUCUGGAGCAAACUCAUUGGUGCUGGCAAGACCUGAUGUGUGGUGCUUAGGGUUUGUGGAUGGAGGGAUAAAGCCUAGAAACCCGAUUGUGAUCGGUUCAUACCAGCUAGAGAAUAAUCUUCUCGAGUUCGAUCUCGCAAGAUCAAGACUUGGAUUUAGCAACUCUUUGUUGUUCAAACGUACAACUUGUGCUACCUUCAACUUCACCUCUACCCCGUAGACUACAUGUGUGUGGCUAAACUAUGAAACUUGCUUCUACCCUGUUUGUAAUAUUAAUAUGCAAUAAUGUUGAGUAGUUACCGACUACUUUUUAAUA